ACCCGCCCAAUGUCCCGAAGAGAAGAGCGCAGAGACAGCAGCCUGAGCAGAACAGGGAAAUAAAGUUGACAGGCUGUCCAGCCCUCAAGCUUUCUGCAAAAGUGAGCUAGCAUCCUAGCAAUUGUGGUGGCGGACGGCCAGAACAGUAAAUCGUAGAUAUAUGCUGGAUAAACGCGAUGAAGACAGCGAGCUUAAAUCUGUAGGAACGUAUAAUUACCACUCCAUAAAACUAUCGCCGAAUAUCCCAGAGAGAUAUAUUGAUGAGCACGUAGGGGUACAUUACUGGCGAGCCUGUUAGCUGAGUUUAGCUAGCUAACCUUUAGCCAACAAUCCUUUCUCAAGUUCAAAAGUAAAAGUCAAUCAGGUUAAGGAACAAGUUAGCGUCCAUCAUGCCUUUUCCUUUUGGAAAGUCUCAGAAGAGUCCGGCUGAGAUAGUGAAAAACUUGAAAGAGAAUAUGGCUUACAUGGAGAAGCUGGAUGCCACAGAGAGCAAAAAGUGUGAAAAGGUUGCAGAGGAGGUUUCGAAGAACCUGUCUUCUCUGAAAGAGGUGCUGUGUGGCACCGGUGACAAGGAGCCUCAAACUGAGGCUGUAGCUCAGCUGGCACAAGAGCUGUACAACACCAACCUCCUCAUCACUCUCAUUGCAAAUCUGCAAAGAAUUGACUUUGAGGGGAAGAAGGAUGUGGUGCAUUUGUUCAGCAACAUCGUACGACGUCAAAUUGGUACUCGAACGCCCACGGUAGAAUACAUCUCCUCGCAUCCACAGAUUCUCUUUAUGCUCCUAAAAGGAUAUGAAAGUGCAGAAGUGGCCCUGAACUGUGGAAUGAUGCUCAGAGAGUGCUUGCGUCACGAACCUCUAGCACGAACCGUGCUGUUUUCCGAAGAAUUGUACUGCUUCUUCCGCUUUGUGGAGCUGUCCACCUUUGACAUUGCAUCAGACGCUUUCGCCUCAUUCAAGGACCUACUGACAAGGCACAAGAUAAUGUGUGCGGAUUUCCUGGAGACCAACUAUGACAGGGUUUUUACAGAAUACGAAAAGCUCCUGCAUUCUGACAACUAUGUUACCAAACGUCAGUCUUUGAAGCUUCUUGGCGAACUUCUCCUGGACCGGCACAACUUCACUGUGAUGACCAAGUACAUCAGUCGUGCCGAAAACCUUAAGCUGAUGAUGAACUUGUUGAGAGACAAUAGCCGCAAUAUCCAGUUUGAAGCCUUUCACGUCUUUAAGGUCUUCGUUGCGAACCCCAACAAGACACAGCCCGUGUUGGACAUACUGCUGAAGAACCAGGCCAAACUAGUGGAGUUCCUGAGCCAUUUCCAGACGGAUCGAUCCGAGGACGAGCAGUUCUGCGACGAGAAGAACUACCUGGUCAAGCAGAUCCGGGACCUGAAGAGACCCGUGGCACCUGAGGAGGCGUAGAUUCCGACGGUGGGUGGGAACGUUGGCGGUGGCAGUUGCCAGGUGGAGCUUUGGCGUGCGCUUGGAGAAGGUAGUGUGGCAAGGCAACGCAAGGAUCCAACAUAUUACCGUAGGAAAUAGGAGCAAACAAAACCAACAUAGAAAUGACUUCCUUCACUUUUUCUUUCUUUGUGUGAACAUGGGAGGUUUAAUCCUCGAGUUGGGUUGAACAAUGAGUGGGCCAAGAACUGUUAUUUAAAACCAUAGUGCUUCUUUGAUAAUAAUAAAAAGAUGUCCGGCAAGAGUCUCUUAUGCUGAAUUGUAUAUAAUAAUGUUAUUAUACAUAAGCAAAAUUCCUCAUGUAUCGUCUCUGGCGAAGACCUUACUUUGUGACAUAAACGCCACCUGCAUUUGAAUCUUAACAGUACCCCUUGAUGCGUAAUCUUUUACGAGCAUUCAAUGUUUUAGAAUAUAAUUACUCUGUGGAUAAGACUUACUGGCUAAUAUUCUCAAAGAUGACACAUUUUUUCCUCAAAAUCACAUUGUCAAACUUAUUCCACAGCCUAGUUUUGCCUUACUGCACGCUGUUUUUGCCGUUUCCAGGACUUGUAGGAGCUUGUGAAUAUUGACUCCAGUUGAAUUGCUUCUGGAUGAUAGUUACCCAGAUAUUUGUUAGUGGUGAACAUGGUAGGUAUGCUUGUGGUGCUUGUGUAACAUGAGGCACAGGGGCAGCAGUAGUGCUGAUUCAGUCGGUGAUGCGCUAGGAAACAGGGACAGGAAAAGAAAAUCAAACCCCACAGAGGAAUCAAUGCAUUGUGCGAUAGUGUGGCUGCAGCCAGCAGUGGUCUUUUGACUGGAAUGGAAAGGAAUCCGAUACUGCUGUAGGCGUUGUGUAUCGGUCUGUUUGUUGGGGACACGGGCAGUACAGAUAUUCUCAACCAGAGGAUUGCAAUUUUUCCACAAAUAGUUAACUCUUGACGAAUGAUACGAUUAGAUGUUCUCCAAUGGCAUGCUAUCCAGUUUCAGCUGUUCUUACUGAAGUUUUAUUUAAAGGCGCCGUGGGCUCAUAAUGCAUUAUCAGCAUGUUAUAAGAGUAAACUACAAUUAUUAUGUCAACUAUGAGUUUGACAUUAAACUAUUAAUCGACCACUAGCAUAUGUGGUUCGCCAUUAGACGAUGACCAGAGGUUUACAAAGGAGUGGGUUGUGGCAUUUCUGCCAGUGUAGCAGUAAUUCAAUUAGUUCAUUAAAUAACCUGGUGACACAUUUCAUACUAAACUGUGAGAAUGUUCUAACGUGCUUAUGAUGCAUUAUAAUCAAAUUAAUACUACAGUGCUGAAACUAAGCAAUGACCUUGUUCCCUUUUUUGGGAACGUCUAUUUUGGAAUGUGCCGCAUUUUUUAAAUUUAGUUUCUUACCUGGCUCACCUGUCAUUGUCAUAUUUUUUUUUUUUAUCAAGUGUGUUGGAGCAACAGCACAAAGCCUUGCCUUUCACUCACUAUAGUAGCAUCUUGUCAGAUUUCAAGCAACAUUUGAUCUGUCGGCACAGUCUCAUAGUAUAUAUACCUCAUGAGGAAGUGCUGUGUUCUCUUUUUUUAUUGUGUUUUUACUUGGAUCAUUAGGAUAAAGCGCAAUGUAUUGUACGUUGCCCAAAGCUGGUAUGUAUGUAUGUAUGUACGUAUGUAUGUAUACGUAUGUAUGUAUACGUUUGUGUGGGGGAAGAAUUGAAAAGCAAAGCUAAUCUUGUUUCGAUUGGUCAGUUACCACAAAUGACUGCAUUUCAUUAUGAAUGAAAAUAAAAAAUGAUGGUUGCCUUAUUUAAAAAUGAAUAAAUACGCACACAAUUGAUUGUAAAGAAAUAAUGUAAAUCCCACAUGUCUUAACCAUGCCCUUGUCACUCUAAAAUGGAUACUACAAGCAUUACAAAUUGAUUACCUAUGCUUGCUUUUAGUUAAAAUGAUUGGCUUUUUGAAAAUCCCAUGUUGGUAACAUCAGAAACACCUAUCGGGUCAUUCCAAAACCGGUUAUGGCCAUUGUAAAAAUAUUUUUUUAUAUAUAUUAUUUAAUAUGUUGAUGUUAACCUGCGUCACUCCAGUUUUGAGAAAAAGGGUGUGUUUCUCUGAACAUCAUUAGCAAUGUUUAGUUAAUAACUUCUAGAAUUCCUAAUAAUUUCAAAAUGUCACAAGUACAUGAGAGGAGCGACCUUGGGAUCACCGUGACAGUGGUCGAGUUGUUUUUGGAAGCAAGGGUGACCUUUACAGGUCCCACAUAGGCACAACCAGCAGCUCCUCUGACGGACACUUCCAUGUUUUAAUAAGAAAGAAACCCACAUCCUAAUGAACGGCCAUGUGUGUUGCGUAACCUUAACUGUGAUCAGGAUGUUUCAACUCUUAAUGCUAGUGAUCAAAUACCAUACAGCUGUUCCACCAUAUAAAGCGUGUACAGAGGAAGCCCUUGUUAUAUUUGUAUAACCCUCACUCUCAUAGGGUUAAUCCUGAUUUAGUGGCAAUUCUGUUAAGACGGCAAUGAAAUCCCUUCAUUCUUGAUUUAGAGGGAAGGUGUUUGGUGAUUAAGAGGAAACUUCUAUAUUAAAUAUAUAAAUGUCUGUUGUGCUUUUACUAUAUAACUAUAUUGCCUUCUUUAUUCCCUAUAACCAUAGUAUACUGGGUAUUUCCUUCUAUCUACCAGGGGAGUGAAUUGUAAAUGUACAUAGUUUUAUUUUAAAAGUGUGAAAUCGUUCCUGAAAAUAAAGUUUAUUUCAGAAAUA